CUUUGAUUCCAAACAAUAAGGUCCAGUUUUCGCAAGCUUUUCCGUUGUUUUUGUUUUGUCGUAUUUGAUGGCAAAUUAUGCUGGUGUUACAUUAACAUCAUUACGAUUACUUGCAAAAUUAAUUGAUGUUGCCUGGGAGUAUUUGGUGUACCAACUUUUUAAAAUGAAUAGUUUUUGGUGUAUUUUUCUGUGUUUGCAAGUUGUUUGUACACUUUCAGUCUCACAAUAGUUAUGUGAUUCAAAUUACACUUUGAAAACUGUUUAAAGCAAGCUACGCAAUCAAACGACGGUGUGCAGCUCCACUUUAACGUGGGUAGUUCGGCAUGAGGCAACAGGAACGCGCUAUUUACUAGAUUUCCCGGUUUGUUUGCGGACGGGUUUGAAACGAAAUUGAGUUACUCGCGCUGCAGACGACUUCCGAGCUUCCGUUUAUGGUCUUGUGGCUAACAUUAGGCACACAUAUUCAUAAAUUCACACAUAUGGCUAACUACCCCAAUUGCUUUUUUUCUGUUGUGAAGCUUUUCCUAUGAUAUAAAUGGCGUUGUACACCAACUGGAGGUUUAUUUAACGCUUUGACGUCAACGUGCAAUACUAGUUACCGAGAAAAAAUUACGACCGAUAUAAUACUUAAUUUCCUUUGAAAGGUACAAACGCGUUGGUAAUGGCUAGAAGUGCGUUUUAUUUCUCAUGGUUAGCGGUGGUUAGUAUCGCCGCUGCAGCGCCUUCGAAACAUAUUGACCGAGCAAGGUCAUCGCAAGUAGGGAAAAGUGUGGCUACAAUUACACCCAAAUAUCCAGCGGAGGAUUUGCAAUUAAUGCAACCACAUUAUAUCACACUUGAAGAUUUCGAGUCAUUGCUACGUCGUGCCGGUGAACUCUUUCGACCGAAUGCGUAUCUCGUAGAUGAUACCACAACAAAGUCGUCACAUCAUAAGCAUGAAAUAAAGCCUACCGUUACGCCUGCGAGCGUGGCGGCACCCUAUCAACAAAUCCAAUCGCCUGUAGUGCAGCCGUUUAACUUCUACAUGCCACUCUUCGAAUAUGAACAUGGCAAAUUGGAUAUGAAAAGUAAACAAAUGGAGUACAUUGUUCCACCUCCUGCACCCAGUAAGGGGGCCGAUCCAAUUAAUUACUAUGCUGCAAAACCGAAAAAAUUACCGAAAAAAUUUAACGCGGGCACUAAACAAGUGAACCUAAAAUGGUUAAACACUUUCGAAAAAGAAGCCCUAACCGAUGCUAACGGCCAGUUGCCAAAAGCAGUGUACUUGGUCAAUGAUGAACGUAACCGUAUUAAUUUUGAUGACUCUUUCUUUGGCGUUGACAUGCAAGUUAAAAUUCCGAAUAACCAGCCUCACAAGGAAUACCACACCCACAGUGCGGGUGCACGACCACAAGAAGAAUUUCUUAACCAGGGCGAAGAUGGCGGUGAGGAUGAUUUGAUGGCAGCCGCUGCGGGGCAGCUAGAACACACCGUUACACAUGUCUAGUUUACUAUAAAUAUUUAGUCAUAAUUUAUUGUUUACAUUUUUUCUAUGUAUGUACAUAUGCAUCCAUACAUACAUAGUAUAUAUGCUGUAAAUAUUACCUAAGUGUUUGUGAAAUCUUAUAGCAAAUAAAAUCUGUAAAAUCGGCAAA